AUUCUGAGGAUGGCCCUUGGUCUUUAGACUUUGAUAUUUGAGCCCAAUGUUGUGGUUUUACCAUUUCUGGAUUUGUUAAACUGCCGUUAAAGAUCGCGCAAUUAAAAAUGGAUAUACAUCAUGCAGGAAGCUACGAUUCGCAAGAAAGUAGUAACCAUUUGUCGUGCAACGAUGACGACGAGCUGCUUCACCAGCACCAUCAUUUUCAAAGCACAAUGGCUGACGAUGUAACGCUGUCACAAACUUCCUACUUCUCCGUGUUGGAGCUCGAUAAUGAUCUACUCAUUGAACGGGCUGCACAAAUGGCUGACAUGCUUGAGAAGUCUGCCAGAGACCUUAAAACAUAUACAAAACUCGCGAGAGCCAAGGAUAGGACUGUUCAUCAAGAAAAAAGGAAACCAAGACUUCCCCCAAGAGUGACAAACAAUUUAUUGCCAAUAACAGCUCUUUGGCAGGUUCUGUGCCUCCUUGCAUUGACUAUUGUUGAUGUACUUUACAGGAAUAUAGAAAAGGAUGACAACCACACUUUGAGCUACACUAUUAGCAUUGGCCUAAUGUCUGGUUUCCAGCUCAUCAAUCUAUGUCUUGUUUUUGCAGCAACAGUCAAGCUGACGAAGCAAUACCUGCACAAAACAGCGAGUAACAGGUUUCUAAUCAAUGGAUAUUUCUCAAUGAUUGUCCUGUUUGCUGGAUUGUAUAUGCUUAUAUACAGAUAUGAGAAUGACAGUUUCGUUGGCUUCCCAAGUAAAAAGAAGAAGUUUGAAUAUUCUGUAAUAGUGUUCAUCCAUAUGUUGAACGUUUCAAUAUCAACUGCAACUCUUUGUGGUGCUGCAAAUAUAACUGCAGUGGAGUGGUAUUCAGCAUUGGCUAUGUCUUUUCAGAUGUUGGUCAGUUUUAUAUACUUUGCCUCCUUCCUGUCACAAGUUCUUAAUCCACCCCGCCCUGCAUCUGGGACCAGUCAUAAAGGUGGCAGUAUUUUCAGACGAAAAGUGAGAAAGAUGUACGGGUCAGUUUGAUACCAAGGCUGUUUCAGUAUGAAAGCGUGGUUUUGCUGGCACAUCAGAUGAAUUUGAUGGAGAACUUUGACUGCCUAUGUAAAUAUAACAAAUUUCCAUGCUUUGUUUAGAAUUUGUAACAUAUCUAAAACAGCCAGACUAUAAUUUGUAUUUGAAUAUCAAUAGAAACUUUCGUGAAGGCUUUUGUAUCAAUAAAUUCUAAGGAAAGGAAAGUGCCAAGCUUGAAAACGAGAAGCAAAUUAUCUAGCUUUCUUAUCACUUUAUUAUGACCUUGAUAUGCUAUGUAUUUCUCAUGGCAGAACUCACAACUGCCACCAAUGCACUUUUGUUUACAAUGCACCAGUGCACCAAUGCACCAGGUAGCACACUGUGCAUUCACAGUUAAUGACAAGUGUUGCCAUUUGCUUUCCCUUUUCCCCUCAUCCUUUUACACUUUCAUUGCAAAAGCUUUUAUUUGACAACCUUUAGUUGUAAAAAUCGUUUUAUUGGUAAUAUCAUUGCUCUUGAACUUAAAUGAAGAUUCAAUCCCGUUAGUUUUUUCAUUCUAACAUGCAUUGUAUAUUUUUUUAAUACAUGAGAUUUGCAAUUUUAUUUUAAAAAUUACUUGCAUACAUUUCGUAUAUUAAAAUUCCAAUAAACCUCACUAAUAUGCUUUUUAUAAAUAGUUCUUCAUAAUAUGUAAAUUUUGUAUUUCGAUGUUAAUGUUCCAUUUGUUUCUACCUGAAUGCGUGUAUAUCGUAACAAAAUAAAAUGAUUAAUAUAUUUUAUAAUAUUUUUAGUGUUACAGCCACACUGGCAUGCCGUCCUUUUUCAAAAAAGAUUAAACCCCCAUUAAGGGCAGAUAUCAAUGACCUCUAGAACAAGGAUACGAGACUCAAUCCCACAAGAAUCAUAAUAUAAAACAUUUUCUGAGACACAGGCCUAAGGAAGCAAUUAUUGUUUUCACAGCAACACCAAUUAUGCUCGACAGUCACAUUUGAAUUUUGAUUGCCAAACUAAUGUAAUUCUUAUUGAAAAAAAAUUGGAUGGCAAAAUAUAAAUUAAGUAAUUGAAAUCACACUUGAUAAAUUAAUUUUUUGUAUGCAAUUAGUAGUUUGAAAAAUAUCUACCCUCUCCAAAACACAGACGAGCAAGUAUUGAAAAGAUUUAUCGAGAAAUCUUACAUCCACUAAAGUAACUAAUAAGCCUCUGUUACAAUUAAAUUUCUGCAGAAAUAUAGGUUAUGAAACAUGCCUUAUUCUUUCUCGUUUGAUGCUUUUAUAUGUCUCAUUUGAUGCACUGACAUAUCCCAUUUGAUGCUCUUUUCAGAUAUAGCAAUUGGCUUAUUUAAUGGCUGACUAAAUGAACCGCUUUUUUUUAGAGUUUACAGUGCAAUUAAUUUCACAUUUUUUUAACAAUCUUAGUUGCUGAUUUUUCAUUAUUCUAAUAAAAAUGAAAAGAAUUGUAAACCUUUAUUGCUGGUAAAUUCUUGUCUUUUAUCGUGUAAAUUGGAUCUUCCAAAAAUUGCAAGCUAAAUCGGUAAUAAUUGGUCAGAAAUAUUGAGAGAAAUGUAAAAGCCGUUGCAUUUUGAUUAGAUCUUGCUCUGAUGUUAAGAGGCACAGUGGCGGCGCCAAGGGGUGGUAUGGGGGGGGGGGUAAUUACCUCCCCACUUUUCUGAAAAUAUAGUCUAUAUAUUUCUUCUAAAAAUGGAUUAAAAAGCGCUGGGUAGGGGUAGAUCAAAUUUCCCAAGAAAGGGGACAAAUCACUGGAACGAGGCCAAAAGGGCGUGGUCAUACUGGCCACGCCCAUUACCCUCCCACUCUGUAAUAGCUGGCGCCGCCACUGAAGAGGCAUAAACACUAGAAUGGUUGGUAUGCUAGGCAGUCUAUUUUAUCUCAUAAGAACUACCCAUUAAGUGUUCCCCCAUUUGAGUGUUGACUUUAUUCGAGUUGUUAUGGAUACUCAAAUGGAAGCGGCAGAGUAUUUUAUGAUAAUACAAUUUAAAACCUGUAAAUUCAUAUGUUAUAACAACUAUGAAUACAAUUAUUUUAGAAAAGGCAUUAGAAACCCAAUUCGUGUUAUGUUUCUGGGCCCCUUAAUAAAAUUAUGGAUUGUUGCUGAUUGCUAGACUAUUAGGAACCAUUUACCACCUACUGAUAAGAUGCAAAUAUCGGUGGUCUUGAUUUGCAUAUCACCCUUCACAUCCACUACCAGGCUGGUGCCUGCAAUUCCUCUAUACAACGUUGUUACUACCACCAACAUGGCCCCAAUCUUUCCAGCAAGAUGAAUUAUAGAAAUUUGCUGACCAUCUUUGAAGUUCAAGGCGCGGGCCUGGAAACAUACCCACUCAAGCACCCUUUGCACCCCUUUUUGAUCCAAUUACAAACCCCUGUAGAGUAUCUGUGGUCUACUUUAUUUUGGUUAUCAACCCUAGCAAGGAUAAUCCAUUUGAAUGCCUGGGCGCAUGGCUUUGAUAGCUCUGUCUUGAGUUCUAAGUAAAACUUAUGUUGUUUAUCUUUACCUUUUUGCAUUA